GUCCCUAGUUGUUUCUCUAUUGUUUGAGAAUUAGAAACAUGAGCAAUAAAGUUAAACUGUUCAAUGAAUCCGACCAGGAAGAGGCGGAGCCGGUUGAAUUCCGUACUAACAAAAACUACGCCAAACACUACGAUCAAUUUCGAAAGAAGGAAAUCCUCAGUCAACUGAAAAAUGCAGAGUCAGAAGAAUCGUCAGACUCCAGUGACGAUGAAACAACCGACGAAGAGAUUGUCGAUCCCGAUUUCGAUAAGGAAUUCUUCCGUACACUGGCCUUUCUAAAGCGCAACGACCCGGCCAAGUAUGCCGAGCAGCCAAAGUUUUUUGAAAAGGUAAAGUCAGUCGAGGAAGUUGCCUUGGCCAAGCGGCAUCAUAAGGAAAAGCCGAUGACUUUGAAAGACUAUGAGCGCAAAAUGCUCCUGGAAAAUGGUGGUGUGUUCGAAGACGAAGAUGACAUUGAUCCUAACUCGGAGCGGAUACAACAGCGCGCAGCCUCUCCUACGUUGGUGGAGCAGGAGAAGAAAAUUAAGGAUGAAAUUAAACAAGCACUGAGCAAAAUUGGUGAAAGCGAUAGCGAAGACGACGGAGCGGAGGGCUCAAAAGCUCGUGGCGGAGGGUUGCUUAAAGAACGUUCGAAAAAUAAAGACGAACGCGAAAAGGACCAAGCUGACUACAUCCAGUGGCUCGCGGAUAAAAAGGCACAGGAACCGCCGAGUAAAGAAUUGAAAGAUUUGGAGCCCUUGAAGCACUACUGGAGCAAGGAAAAACUCUCCAAAGAAGACGCUUUCCUGAAAGACUACAUUCUCAACAAACGGUUCGUGGAAGCUGGGGAACUUCCGACCUACGAAGAUAUAGUGGCCACGUCGGAGGAUGAGGAAGAAUUGGAAAAACAGGAGGAAUAUGAGCGACAGUACAAUUUCCGUUUCGAAGAGCCGGAUACAGAAUUUAUCAAACGUUACCCCCGAACGAUGGAAGAUUCGGUGCGUAUUGAGCGCAAUAAACGAAAAGAGGAACGGCAGGCCCUAAAGGAGCGCAAACAGAAAGAAAAGGAACAAAAGCGCCGUGAGCUGGAGGAGUUGAAGUCAGUUAAAUUGCAGGAAAUUAAAGAAAGAAUACAGCGCUUGAAGGAGAUUGCGGCAACGAAAAAUUUGGCAAUGAAUGAAGAUGAUUUGGAAUCGGAUUUCGACCCCGAGGAACACGAUCGGCGUAUGCAGGACAUGUUCAAUGAUGAGUACUACGGCGUGGAUGAGGGUGAUCAAAAACCGGAGUUUCCCGAUCUGGACAAAGAGCUGGGCAUAGAAAAUUAUGAUAAGGACCGAAUCGAUGACGAUGAAGAAGGAGAUUUUGCCGAACCGUACUGUGAGGACGACGAUUUUGUCAUGGAUUGUGACUAUGAGGAGAAGGUAAAGUCGCGUAAGGAAAUGCUUGCGCAGGAAAUGCUGGACUCUACCAGAAGCCGCAAAAAGAAGGGUCGCCGGCAAUCAAAAUUCCGUGAGGUAUUGAAAGCAGAGAAGCCGCUCUUCGAUCCAGAAGACGAGAAAACGUACGGAGAGUACAUCGAUGAGUACUAUAAGUUGGACUACGAGGACAUGAUUGGCGACGUACCGUGUCGCUUUAAGUACGUUGAAACGGUUCCAAAUGAUUUUGGCUUGAGUAUAGCAGAAAUUCUAGCAGCGAACACGCGUGAAUUGAACCGUUGGGCGAGCGUUAAGAAAACCGUCCAAUUGCGGCCGAAGCAAACUGAGCUGACAGAAGUGGAAGCUUAUCGUCGACGGGGUCAGAACGAAUCCUUGAAGCGUAAACUGCUGCCAAGUCUAUUUACUGAAACCGAUAUAAAUGAAGAAGAGGACACGGAAAUCAAGGUACGGAAACAUGAUUUGGUACCAAAGUCUGAAGAUAAUGCCGAAACUAGUGAAGGAAAAAGUGCAAAGGCGGCAGAAGAAUCGAAGCAAGGCAAGAAGAUUAAGGAUAAAGUUUCGUUUACGGAAACUGAUAACGUCACAGUAGAACCAGUGAAGAAAGAGAAGAAGAAAAAUAAGCAAGAUAGUUCAGUAGACGAUGCAAAUGUUCACGAGAACAAUUCAGCUAAUGGUAAAGGCUCAGCACAACAACCUAAAACAUCGUCGGAUGCUCGACACGCAAGCCAACAGCAAGCUAGUGGAGGGAACUUUGAAUCAGGUAAUGGACCUGGCCAUAAUAAAAAACGGACGUGGAAUCAAGCGAAUGGGACAUCGGCUGCCUCACAUAGAAACACUAAUUCUUGGAGCGGUCCUCAGCAAGGACGAUUCGCGCCAAACGGUCGCCCGCAUGGUAAGCCACAUAUAUACGGCAGAGCACCGCAGGGUUCGUAUCAGGAUGAAAGUGCGAGUGACCAACGAUUGCGCGCCUUCGGAUUGAAUCCUAGAAAAUACCACAAUAAGCAGAAAUAUGGUAAUCAGCAGCAGAAAAAUAGAAACGGUAUCGGUCAAAACAAAUCGUUCAAUAAGAAAACAAGGUUUGAGUAAAAUAAAAAGGAUA